AUGUCGCGCCUGUUCCUGUUCGCCCGCGAAGAUUCUGAGGGAGGAAGCGGCGGCGGUGGCGGCGGCGGCGUGAUGACGUUGCCUAUCCUCCUCGCCGUCGCCAUCGGGGGCGGCGUGCUCCUCUUCAUAUGCCUCGCCUACCUCCUCAUCGCCCUCGCCGGCCGUCGCCACCGCUCCGUAGCCCGCACCCGCUCCGCGACGCCGGGCGUCAGACUCGACCUCGAAUCGGAAGGCGGCUCGAUCCGCACGCCCAGCCCGCUGCCGCGCCCGCGCCGCCUGACGAAGCAGAAGCCCGGCGAGACGUACGCCGACAUGGCCGAGAUCCAGGGCAAGCCAUACCGCUCGCUCUCGUCCCUCAUGUUGCCGCGGGGCACGACAUUCGGCAGCGGCGGAGGCCACGACGAGGACGCUGGCAGGUACCAGCGCGGCGGGCACAUCCGGAGGAACAACAGCUGGAUCGACGAGGACGCCAUCCACGGGCCGCGGGUGCAGAGCGACGGCAAGAGGCUGAGCAUCCGAGACAGCUUCAUUCUCCGCACGCCAACGCUGCCGGACCUGUUCGGCCACCACGGGCACAAGGAGGACGGCGACUUCCGGCACGACCACACCAACUACCCGCUCCAGCAACCCCGUCCCGUCAGCCUGCCUGCGCAGCGCAGUCACGCCCCGCGGAUGCCGUUGCCGCGGACGGCCUCGUACGAGCUCGCCGAGAAAUUGGCCGCCGCCGCGAGAGGCGGCGUGCCCCCGGGCCCGCAGAGCUUUCAGCAGGGGCCGCCGGGACCUCCAGGUCAGCGUCCGGUGCCGUUGCAGCGGCUGCGGCACAAGACGACCGAGUCGGACCUCGCUGAGAUCCUGCGGUCCACGGAAGAGAGGCUGCAGAACGGAACGCCCAGCAACAGCAGGCCGGCAACCCGGCAGCGGGCAGCGUCGGCGUCGGCGGGAUCGAGCAUCAAGACCCAGCAGGUGUCGCCAACCAAAUCGCAUUCUCCAGCCAAGGCCCAGUCGUCCACCAGGUCCCUCUCGCCUGAGAAGAACCAGUCCCCGGCCAGGUCGCAGUCCUCCGUGAAGAGCCAGAUGAUCACACACGUCGGCCACGCGUUGGACUCGGAUGCCCAACGCAUUAUGGCCGCCCGCACGCCCAGUCCGUCGAAGCGUAUGAUCGCCGUCCCGAUGCUCGCGGCGACCCCGGCGCACCAACACAAGCGAAAUAUCUCGCAGUGUUCCGCCAACUCCGACGCAGACAGCUUGUUUGGCGAGACGACCCCCGAGGUCGAGCACACCCAGCCCACGGGGCUUUCGAGCCCGAGCAGGCGGUCGGACAGCAACUCCCCGACAAAGCCCACCGAGAACGGCGAGUCGGUAGAGUCGCCCGGCAGCGACGCCUCGUCAUCACUCUCGACCCUGUACAGCGUCAAUGAACCGGAGGACGACAGCAAGACGGGCGGCACGAGAAAGCCGGAGGGUAUCGUCCGCGGACGGAAACCAAGGGGCCUCGUCAUCGACACGCAAAUAUGCGACCCGUUCGUGACGCCGGGGCCGCCGGAGGUGCCCCUGAGGAGCCCGAAGCGCCAGUCGUCCAGUCUGCCGCCGUUGCGACGCCUCACGCCGCCCGAGCAGGACGUGAUAAAGGAGACGAUCGUCUACGCUCCCUUCCAUUCGAGAUCCGCCAGCAACUCGCCGGUGCCGAGGCCGCUGGACGUGGUGAAGCGCGGCAGCGUCGCCGCCGGCCAGAGCCAGACGCAUGACGCGCUCACGAUGUACCCGUCAGACAUGGCCCCGUCUCCCGAGACUGUCCAGCCCAAGAGCGUCACGUCAAUGAAGCCAGUGUUCCUCGUCUCAAGCACGAGCGUCGGCAGCAUGCAGGCCACCGCGGGCACGUCUCCCGAGGACAACGGUCGACCGCCGAAGCCCGGAAACAACAGCAACAACAACAACAACAACAACAACAGGCUGACGUUCGGCCAGAAGGGUACCGUCCUGCCGCCGCCUCUGAACCUGAGGCCAGGCCAGGGGUCGCCGAACCGCGAAGCCGUGGUAAUGGGCAGUCCUGAAUCGCUACUGCGCGGCCGCACCCCUCCGACAACACGCAGCGGUUCGGGAUCCCGUACGCCGACCUCGCCGACACGGAGGCCUUUGCCCAGCCCCGACCUUUCGACCGGGUCUCCCACGCCCCGGCGGCACAAGAGACGCGGCAUGGCCAGUCCGAUCCGAGACCGCGCGCUUUCCCGACAGCCGCAGAUCAAGGAAAACCGCGUGCUCUCCAGCUCUGAAUACCCCUCCAUCGUGCUGAAGCCGGCCGCCUCGCCUAAGCGAAACUCGUCUCACCGGGACUUCGCCGUCAUGGGGCUCCAGUCGACCGUAGCGCAGCUCCGACGGAUGAACAGUCAAAUGAGCACCUUCAGCGCCGGCUCCUCCGUGUCGGACCCGGAGAGCCCGACGCUUCCGAACCUGCGCGGCGGCGGCUUCAGCCCGGACAGGAGCAACAGCCGCGUGAGCAAGAUAGGCCGUCAGAACUACCUCUCCCUGGGCGCGAGUCCGAAGUCGAGGCGGAGCACGCGCUCGUCCAUCCGGUCGGCCAGGAACUCCAUCGCCGUGCUCAAGGGGCGGCCGGGGACUAACAAGCACCUCGAUUCGCUGCGGGUAGCGGUCGAGGAGAAGGAGGCGGAGGCGAGAGAGGGCUCGCUGAUCAGGGGGCCACGACCACUCGUCCUGACACCCAGAAGGGCCGGGAGAGGAUCACCGGGGGAGACGAACGCGGCGACAGACAGUCCCACGCGGCGGAGAACGGCCCAUAUCGACGGGGGGGACCAAAAACACUUGGAGAAGGCCAGCAAACGCAAAGGUGUUUAUGACAGCACGGCCGUGUUGGACAUAUAUCGCAAAGACGCUCGUUCACUGAGCUCCCCGAAGAGUCCUGCGGCUGCUGGAACCAAGAGGCGCAGCCCGAGCACGAGGAUUUGA